AUGGCAUAUAUAAACACUUUGAUUACCAUUACAAUUGCUUCUACUCUUCUGGGUUUGAUUCUAUUCUUUAGGGGAGUCUUCAUUGAUCGUCAUUACAUUAGAACGAUGGCUCAAGGAAAAAUUGAAAAGACCAAUCCUGUAGUCCUGAUAGUAAUAGACUCUUUCAGAAUGGAUUUGGCAAUGAGCAAUCAUUUUAAUUUUAUUUCUUAAAGAAGAACUGAUUCAGAAUCCCUUACUUUUUUAUCCUUAGCUGAAACACCCACUGUAACAGGCCCUCGAAUCCAAACUAUGACCACAGGUAAUUUUGCACCACUGACCAAGGUUUUGGACAACUUCCAUGAUUCAGAAAUUGUGGAGGAUAGCUUCAUUCGAUAGGCAAAAAUAAGUGGAAAGAAAACAUUAUUUAUAGGGGAUAACAAUUGGUUAGGGCUUUAUCCGAAUGAGUUUACAAUUGCCCAUCCUCUAAAUAAGAUGAAAAUCAAUUCUAGAGCUAUGUAUGUAGUGGAUAAAAAAUUUCAAAGACUUUUUGGGUAAAAUUUUGAUACAUCUUUCGAUCUAGCCGUUGUUCACUUUUUAGGAAUUGACUAUGUAGCUCAUGAAUAUAAUAGAGUAAGUGAAAACAAAGUACUUGAGGAGUAAUUAAACUAAUUGAGUACUAUUAUUACACAAAUUUAUUCGAGAUUAUCAAAUGAUACAACUUUGAUCAUCACUGGAGAUCAUGGAAUGUUGAAUGAUGGAAAUCAUGGAGGUAAUAGUUCCUUAGAAACUAAUACUGUGUUCUUUGUAACUAGGAAGAAUGCUAAAUUAGAUAAACACUAUAUGUAGAAAAUAGAGGGAUUUAGAGAUGACUAUGAAACCUCUGUGACUUCAAAAGAUUCGUAUAUAAGAACGAUCAAAUAGGUUGACAUAGCACCAACAAUAGCUAAAUUAAUUGGAGUUCCAAUCCCCUUUAGUAAUAUUGGCAUCAUAAUCCCAGAGUUAUUUCCUGGUGAUGUUGCUAAUGAGUAUUGUGUGGAGAACUUGAAGUAGAUGUUUCAUUAUUCAAAAAAAAUAUAAUAAGACUAAGGCUUAUUUACUCGAUAACAAAUUAAGUUAUGGAAGAAUCAAAUAAAUCAGGUUUCUACAUGUGCUUAGGCUAUACCAAUAAUGGAAGACAUUCAACAUCAAAGUAGAAUUAUAUGGAAUAAUUAUAACAAACUCUUGAUCUUCCUUUCAAUGAUCUUCUAAAUCCUCAGCCUAACACUUUACAUAACAACCUUAUUGACUAUAAAGUAUGUUAAAGACUUUUCUCUUAGAAGUGCCCUUGAACAUUUACACAAAUCUGAUUUUAACACUUACCGAAAUCACCUCUAUGCUGGGAUCUUAAUGGUGGCUUCAUUGGCAUUAUUUGUUGAACUCGAAAUCUUUAUAGCAACAAUUUUAAUUCUGAUUAUCUCUAUCAUCUUGAUUUAUUCGAUUGCAUAGCUGAUUAUUGGUAGGAAGGAAUAAUCUCCAACAUACUCCACUUUAGAUUUAGAAACUCAUAGGAGCGAAUUCCAAUAUUUUAAAUUUUUUAUUUUAGCUUUAUUUUUACAUAAAGCAUUUCGAUAGGGAUCACUAUUGUUUUCAAUUGAUCCAGGAACCAUUGAACAUAACGAACUUUUUGAUUAGAUAUUCGACUUAUUGUUCAUGAGUAUUAUUCUAAACACUCUAAUUUUUCUUAAGACUUACUACGAUUCAGGAGAAUAAAAAGUCCAUAUCAUUUCAUUAGCUAAGUCUAUUGGCGAAUAAUUAAUGCUUGGAGUUAUAGCUCUGAUUCUGCUCUAUUUAGAAUAUAUAUAUUACUAACUUGGUCUUGAGAAAUCUUUUAAAUCUCUAAGAAUGAUGAAGUCACUAGUUCAUAUAUUCUUCCCCUGUAUUUUACAACAUAUCCUACUCUAUUACUACUAGAAGUUAGAGAAUAAAAAUAAAUUCAAUAAAGCAAUCCCUCAUUUAUUCUUAUUUACAGUUCAAUCCUACUUUAUGGUCCCAUAGAUUCCUUUAUUUGACCUAAAACGAACACUGAUAAAGAGUACUCUUAAGCCUUUAAUAUUCUGCAUGCCCUUUGUGUAUAUUUAUGCAAAAGACUUGGUUUACUUCUUGAUUCCAUCCCUAUUAGCGACCACUUAAUAUGGAAUUGCAAUAUACACUUACUUCAUUCUAUUUAUGCUGUUAAUAUAUAGAUUAUCAAAGCCAUAAUUGAAGUAUAACAAAUUGAUUUGUGUUGCUCUGAUCUCGCUCAGCUGCUAAUACACUUGGUUUAUGAUAGGUAAUGAGUGCUCGAUAUCGGCUGUUCAACAUGCAACAAAAAGAAUAGGAUUUACAACGACUAAUGGGGUAGAGUUGCUUUUAAUAAUCAUUUUUAUCUUGGUGGGACCUUAUGUUGGUGGAUGUCUAGUUUUGAAAUUCGUAGAGAAGUUGUUCAAGUAGUAGGAAGGAGAUGAGUUAAGAGAGUAGUCUAAUACAAACAAGGAGACAAAAUUAUAUUUUUUGCUUAACUUUUAUCUUUAGAUCUUGUUUACACAAUUUCACAGUUAUAACAAUUUGGGUGGGUAUACAACAAUUUAAUUUAAAUAUAUCUUUGAUGUAGUUGGAUAUAUAAUUAUAUGUUUAUUGGUUUAUAUUGAAUGA